AAAUAAUCUUAUCCAUAAAGAUAGAACUAGAUCAAUAAUGAUUUCAGAAAAUAUAUAAUAUAUUUUAAUAAUAAGUGUAGAUUAAAUUAUCUAAAUAUUAUAUGGAUAAAACUUUUCUGAGAGCAAAAGCCUUACAUUACCUUAAAAUAACUUAAUAAUCAACGAUAUUUAUUAUUCAAACUAAGACUUCUUAUUUAUCAAAUAAAGUAAUUUACUUUAAUUAAUUUAAAUUAAUAGUAUAAACCCUAGUUCUUAUAGCUUAAAAUUAACACAAAGUUAAAUAAUUAGCUGCAGUGGAAAAUCUGAUACUAUUAGUUAUAAUAAUACAGUUUUUUUAUUUUGCGAAAACAAUCAAAUCUAUUAUAUCAAAGUUAAUAACAUUUAAGGAAAUUUUACUACUAUUCAGCAAUAGAGGAGUUUGAUGAACUAAGUAUUGUUAAACCAUAAAUCAUAGUUUUUAACAAGCAAUGUUGUUUUUAGUUAUUCCUAUAAUGGAUAAUAGCUUUAUGUAGUAAGAGACGAUCACCUCGACUUAAUAGGCUUAAUCUCCUAUGUAGCUCUUAAAAGCUACAAAUUUAUAAAUAAUUUUUCAUAUUCGGACGAUAUCAUUUUACAUCUUAAAAUGAUUUAUGCUAGUGAUAACGUUUUAUCAUUAAUAAAUACAUCUAUAAUUUUGACAGAUGAUAUUGCUAACCACAAUAAUAAUAUUUAGUGUUAAACAUAAAUCUAAUAUAAUUCAGAAGUCUUAGUACAAUCUUAAAUGAAAGCAAUCUAAAAUGGGUAUUAAUAAUUUUUAAAUUACCAAUCAAUAUCUUAAUUUUAUGUGAAUAUCUAUUUUAAAGAGUUCACAAUUUUAAAUACUCCAUUCAGUUUUAAGUUUUAAAGUUAAUGUACUACUUAUCUCAUUGGUUAAGGUAACUUAAAAUAUGUUAAAAUCUAGCUAACAACUAAUUUUUUAGAAAAUAUGCUAUAGAUGCAGGGGUUAUCUUUCUAAAAUGUAGAGUUAUUAUUUUAGUUAAAUACCAAUCAGACUUAAACUUUUUACCUAUUUAAUAAUCUAUAAUAUUUAGGAAUGAACAAUAUUUUACUUAGCAAUUUGACAAAUUUAUAUGUUAAUAUUACUGAUAUAGAGACAGUCAAUAUCUAAAACAUUCAAUUUACUAACUAAAAGCUGAAUUUCAUUCUCUAUCCAAUAAUUUACUUCUAAAACAUCACUAACCUCAGUAUUCAAUAUUUAAAUAUUUCUGAUUGUUAUUUUAAUAGUGAAGAUGAAAGUUCUCUAAUAUUUAUAAACUAAUCUAAGAAUGUAAGCUUAAACUAAAUUAACGCAAUUUAGAAUAAAAUAAACAUAACAUUUUUAUUAUUCUUGAAUUAAAUUUAAAAUAUCUUAGCAACUAAUUCAAAUGUGAGUCAUAAUUAUCCAAUAAAAUAAUUUGUUACGAAAUAAAACUAAUAUAAUAUACCUUCUUAGUUUAUAUCAAUAAAUUUAGUAGACUAUUGCUUUAUUGAUACCAUUUACUUCUAAAAUAAUAAAGGGUUAGUCUUCUUUAGCUAUUUUAACUUUUAAGAAUUUAUUAUUAAUGGGUCUAUAAAUGCAACCUAUACUCUUUUAAAUGAUAUUUUUAUUGCAUAAAAUCUUUUUAUAAACAAUAAUUACAACACAUAUUCAAUGAUAUACUUAAAAUCCAAAAAUUCCACUUUUUAAGGAGUAUUUAUCUAAAAUAAUACUGUGGAUAAUAAUGAUUUAGUUAGAUUUGAUAAUUCUUAGGUUAUUUUAAAGGGUAGCUUAAUUUAAGAAAAUAAAGCUCUAUAAAGUAGCUAAUUUUAUUCUAUAAGUAGUAGCAUAUUCAUCACAGAUACUGUAUUUUCUGACAACAGCUAAAAGGAUAGUGUCCUCUUUUUAUCAAAGUCGUAUACAACAAUUUUAAGAUCAAAUUUCACAUCUAACUUAUCUUAUAAUGAUGGAGCAUGUAUUUAUGUGGAUAACUAAGACUACUUGAUGAAUAGCACUUCAUCCUACUUUUUAGGAGACAGUUUAUAUCUAACUAAAAAUUAAGCCUAGGGUUCUGGUGGAGCUAUCUUAUUUAAUUGUAUUAACUGCAUAAUACAAAAUUCUGUUUUUGAAUAAAAUUCAGCCAUUAUUGGAGGUGGAUUCAGAUAUAUUAGAGUUAUUCCAGUAUUUUUAUAAUCUAAAAAUAGUUUAAAUUAAGAUUCGUGUGGUACAUUUAAUAAUAAUAACUGCUUGAAUAAUAUUGCUUAUUUUUAUGGAAAUAACUUUGCUUCUUAUCCGAAAAAAAUUGAUUUUAUAUAUUAAAAUAGCACAUUAAAUUCUUCAGAUAUUAAAUUAGAUAAUAUGAGAAGUGGGUAAGAUAAAAUAAAUAUUACAGUCCUUAUGAAAGAUGAGAAUCAAUAGAUUUUGUUCCUUUAGCAAGGAGAUUUUUAAAAAUCAUCAAAUAUUAUUAAUGAAAUAUAGAAUUUUAAAUCUAAAAUACAAACAAUAAGUCAAUCAGAAAGAGAAAUUAAAAUAGAUGGAUCAACGAUUGCAGAAUUUUCAAGUAGUGAAUUUUAAUUUUCUUAACUAACAGUAAGUGGAAUUCCUGGAUCUUAAUAAAGACUAACGCUAAUAGUUAGUGGAAUUUUUUCUCUUUUAAAUGAGACUCACUUUGACCUAAUCACUGCACAAAAUUACUCUAUUCACGUUUAAUUUAGAGAGUGUAAAAUAGGUGAGAUAUAUACCAAAUUAUGUAGCUCAUGUCCUAUCUAUUAAUGUCUUAUAUGUGAAUAAGGAACCUUUUCAUUAGUAUAGCCUAUAAAAGAUUCAAAUUAGAGUUGCCUACAAUGCGAUUACACAACCAGCGUUUCAUGCUAGCAAAAUUAGAUAUAAAUAAAAUAAGGUUUUUGGAGGCAAAAUAAUUCUUCUAAUUUAAUAGAAAAAUGUAUAAAUUCUGUUUAAAACUGUAAUGGCGAUUAAACUACAAAUUAUUGCGCUUAAGGCUAUAUAGGUCCUUUAUGCGAAGUUUGUGAUAAUCUUGGUGAAACAUGGGGAAGCAAAUAUGGAAAAUCUUUUUUAAAUAAUUAUCAAUGCUUAAAAUGCUAUAAUUUAAACGACUCAAUUUACAUUUUUAUUUUUUCACUGAUAAUUAUUUUUUAUUCUACUUACACGAUAUGGAAAUUAGUAAACUAAUCAAACACUAGAAUAGUUUGCUAUUACAUGAUGAAACUUAACAUUCUUAAAAUGGGUAAAACGGCUGUGGUAGGGGAGACAACUUUAUACUUUAAAUAGUUUAUACACUAGCUAUAAGUUUUAUUCUGUUUGCAAAAUCUUAAUUUAGAGUUUGGCUCUCUUUUUGAAGUUUCAAAUAAGUUUGUAAUUCCAUUAUCAACAAACAUUCAUAGUCUAGAUUGCUUUUUAACUGAAAUAAGCAACUAAGUUCCUAUGUAUGUAACAAGAUUAAUUUGGGCUACAAUAAUACCAUUUAUUUUAUAUUUCAUUACAAUUUUAUUCUACUAUAUUAUUGCUAGAAUAAAGAGAUAGAAUGAUUAAGGAGAACAUAGUUUCAAUAUUUAGCAUAAAUACUUCACUAAAACUGCUGCCAUAUUCUUUAUAUUUAUUAUGUAGUAGGGUAUAAUUGAUAGCUUAAUAUAAAUUGUCUCAUGUCGAUAAAUUGGAGGAAAAUAUUAUAUUCAGUUUUAAGUUUCUGAAGAAUGCUAUACUGAAGAACACAAAAAGGUUCUAUUUUAUUUUGCUACACCUCUCUUGUUUUCUUGGGUUCUUGCUUUACCAAUGAUCAUUUUGGUUAUUUUAUUUUUAAAGAGAGAUAGACUGCACAAUCAUAUCUAGACUAUUAAAAUAUAUAGCUUUUUUUACUUUGGAUAUAAGAGAAAGUAUUUUUUUUGGGAGUUUGUUAAAAUAAUUUUAAGAAUUAGUUUAGUAUUUACUUCAAAUUACUUUAGUUAGCAGUAAGUAAAUUUAGGAUAGUAUUUGCUGCUUAUCUCCUUAAUAUAUCUAUUUUUGUUGUCUAAUGUAGAACCAUACUACAGCAAGAUUCUAAACAGAAUAGAAAUAAGAUCUCAAAAAUUGAUAUGCAUCAUAUUUUUACUCUGCAAUAUUUCUUAAAAUCUUACAGAUUUAAUAUUUAAAAAAAUUUUUAUUAUUUUAUCAUACUUAUUAAUAAUUUUUCUUAGCUACACUCUAGUAUCAGCAAUUUUAAUUAACCUUUUGAUUAAUCAUAAUCAAUCAUUUAUGAAGAUCAGUUGUGUUAGUAAAAUAAAAAAUUUUAUUAAGUAAAAUCUUACUUUGAAGUAGAAAAUGCUUGUUAAAAAAUAUUUCCCUCAAUUUUACAUUUUUGUCUGGAAUUCUGACAUCAUCUCAUCUUUCUCUAAAUUUAAGCAUUGGUAAAUUCUAAGAGUAAAAGUGUCAUAAUUCUUAAAAAGGAAAUAAUAAAAUUAAUCUUUUAGCUUUACUGAUACAUAAAAUCCUAACCUAAUUUAUAAUAUGUCGGAAUAAAAUGUAAACUAGAAUACAGAUUUCAGAUUAAUAGGUUAAAGACCAUUUGCUAUAUCUUUCCUUAACCAAAGAAGUUUGCCAUAAAAUAAACCUAUUGGAAACACUUUACUUGAAAAAUAAUAAUAGUAAUAAUAUAAUUUAAAUAUGGUAGAUACAGUCAUUGAUGAUAAGUUUUUAGAGGAAAGUGAUAAAAGUGGUAUAUUUAUAUUUGAUGAAAGUUAGACUAAGGUAUCUUAAGUUAAAGACUCAUUUAUAGGACCUUUUUAUAGAAGAAUACACGGAAAAACCCCUUUUGAAAUUCAAUCACCUCUAACAGCUAACUAAUUAUUAUUUAAUAAUAAAACUCCUGAAAAAAUUAGUUCUAGCUAAGAAGAAACAUCUACUUACUAAACUCAUUAGUGAAUGAAUUUAAUUUUAUUAGCAUAAUUUCAUUUUAUAAGUUUGUAACUUUUAAUAAACUACAAAUA